CUUACAUCUACGAUGAUUCAUACAGCUGUACAUUACUUCUGCGCAACCUUAUCCUACUCUCAUUGACACCCCAAUUCAUUUACUACAAACUAUCAUCGAUGCUCACAAUUGCCAUGUCAGAAGCAGAUCGCCCUAAGGUUGGCGUUGCCGUUGUGAUUCACGAUGGCGCCGGCAACAUUAUCAUGGGCGAAAGAGCAGGCAGUCACGGCGCAGGCACCUUCCAAUGUCCAGGUGGGCACCUCGAGUACGGCGAGUCCUUUGCGGAAACGGCCGCAAGGGAGUCACUAGAAGAGACUGGUCUCGAGAUAGGCAACAUCAAGUUCUUGACUGCAACCAACGAUGUGUUUGGCGAGGGAAAGCAUUAUGUGACUAUCUUUGUUACUGCCGAGAUUACAGGCGAGAACAAGGUCGCUCAGCCGAUGGAACCGCACAAGUGCGCAAAGUGGGAGUGGAUACCCUGGAGCCAGAUGUGGACCUGGGCGGGCGAGCAAGCAACCGCCGAAGCAGAGGGGACAGAGGUGAAGAAGCAGAUGUUCCUGCCGUUGGUGAAUCUACGGAGGGAGCAUCCUGAGCUGGAGAAUACGCUGGUUGGAAGGUGAUAGGGUAUUCGGUGACGAUGCUGAGAUACAAGUGCUCACCGUCAUACAUGCGCAAACCUCGCACCAACAACCCCGCAUCUUCGUCCCGUCCUCGAGAUGCGAUCUUCUAAAGCUACAACUACAAUCUAAAUUCAUGAUCAC